UGGUCCAACUGCUUGCUAUUGAAAAUAUAUUUCGCAUCAUUUAGACAACAUAUGCCGUUUACUUAGAUAACUAGUAAGUUACAUUUAGGGGUCGCAUUAAACGUAGAAUUCUUCGUUUUACACGCAAGAUGAGAAUUCACCAAUGGCAUUCAAUUAGCAGACAGCACUCUGACUGAUGUGUGGUUACUUUUAUCCUACUUUUCUUGGUGUAGUCAACCUACUUUUCUCCGGUAAAAUUAACUUGAAGAAAAACAUUAGGAAAUGUAGCUGGCUACAUUAUUUCUGUGAUAAACAGAUGAUGGCCAUGCAGCGUUUUUGCAAAGAAGACGUUGCUUUUUCAUUGUAAGUUCAUCAUGUGACAGGUAGACACCAUGAACUACGUGGGCCAGCUGGCAGGCCAGGUGUUGGUGACAGUGAAGGAGCUGUAUAAGGGCAUUAACCAGGCCACACUGUCAGGCUGCAUCGACGUGGUGGUGGUCAGACAGCCUGACGGGACCUUCCACUGCUCCCCCUUCCAUGUACGCUUUGGGAAACUGGGAGUGCUGCGCUCCAAGGAGAAAGUGAUUGACAUUGAGAUCAAUGGAGAACCAGUGGAGUUGCACAUGAAGCUGGGGGACAACGGAGAGGCCUUCUUUGUUCAGGAAACCGAGCAGCAUAAUGAGAUAAUCCCUGCCCACCUUGUGACGUCGCCCAUCCCCACAGAGGAGGCUCUGGGGAGGGGCAGAGAGUCCAGAGCUGGGGAGUCGGGCCUGGAGGGUGGGCUGCAGCCGCCCCAGGGGGACUCACAAAACCCAGCCUCCUCCUCCACCCCCCUCCUUCCCCCCAGCACCACAGCAGGGAAGAAGAAAAAGAGACGUAGAAAGAAGCACAAAGCAGACCCCCGGAAGGAGGAGCAACAGGCCUCCACUGCUGGUGGUGAGGAGGUCUGUGAACUGAGCUCAGACGAGGAGCACGGUACACAAAACAACGGCAGGGCCCCCUUGUUCUCUACAGUGAAGGACACAGUGGAACACAGGCAGCACCCCAACCUCCACUCCUUGGACAGCUACCCCUUCUCUGAUGGAGACUGGUCUCCCGGCGACAGCCACAGAUCCCCAAGAUCCCUGUCAGAGCCCAUGUCUCCAAAGAGCGACUCAGAGUUGAUGGUGAAGUUAUCAGAGAGCAUGCUCAGAGCAGAGUCACACAUGCAGUGGUCCUGGGGUGAGUUCCCAGAAUCCACCAGGGUCAGUAAGAAAGAGCCCUCGGAGCUGCCUAAGACGAUGACUAUCACCCCGUCAGAGAGCACACACUUCAGGGUCAUCCUCAGCUCAGAGGCCAUGGAGGUGGAGGAUGGGGGCCUGCACACCUCUCUGGACCCAGUGUGUGGACCUGCUAUCGUCAAACCAGAGCCCCGGACCCCCAAACAAAAUACCCUCCUCAGCUCAAAACACGACCCUCUAUCUGAACCCCAUCAUCCCCCCAAACCUGUUCAUGACCAUUGCCCACCCCAACCUGAACCGUGUCCCCUCAAACCAGAACCAGGUGCUCUAAUGUCGGAGCCCAGUCCAGACCUCUGUAUCCAGUCCAAGCCUGAACGGAGGGGCCCUUGGACUUCCACUCCUCCCAGUGUGCUUGAUUCCAGCCAGAGGGACAGUGGCUCUACUGCCGGUGGGGCCAGUUGCAUGGCCGGGGACCUGGGGUCCAUCGGCUCCAAGACUGACUCCCCCUCCAAGAGGAGAGGUGUGAGGAAGAGGAGUCAGCACCAGGGGCCUGAGGAUAUCUACCUGGACGACCUGAACGCUAUGGAGCCUGACGUCGUCGCGCGCUACUUAGCUCCCAAGAGUGAGUCCGAGACCAUCCCUAAGCACUGGGUGGAGGUUGGCAGGUGCGAUGGGUCCCAGUCUCCCCAGUCUGUGGGUAGUGCAGCGGCCGACAGCGGGACAGAGUGUCUGUCUGACUCGGCUGGGGAUCUACCAGACAUCACCCUGUCUCUCUGUGGAGGGGUCGGGGAGAACUCUGAAAUCUCCAAAGAGAAAUUCAUGGAGCACAUCAUCACAUAUCAUGAAUUUGCUGAAAAUCCAGCAAUCAUUGACAAUCCCAAUUUGGUGGUUAGAAUUUCAAACCGAUAUUACAACUGGACAUUGGCAGCUCCAUUGAUACUAAGUAUGCAAGCUUUCCAGAAGAACCUGCCCAAGGCCACAGAGGAGGCAUGGGUGAAAGAGAAGAUGCCUAAGAAGUCCGGCCGCUGGUGGUUCUGGAGGAAAAGCAGCGUCAAACAGUCUUCAGAGGCCAAGAUGGACAGACACGAGUCCCAACACGGAGACACAGAGAGCCCUGUCCUCGAUCAACAGAUUCCAGCAGUGCCACAGCAGAAAGCAGUAGACGACUCCUCCAGCGAUGAAGAAUCGAAAGAGCUCAACACAGUGGCACCUACUGAGCACAUGCACACAGAGCUACCUCCACCAACUGGCUCGCACUCCUACAUGAAGUCUCUCCGCCUCUCGUCUGACCAGAUAGUCAGUCUGAAGCUGAGGGAGGGGCCUAAUGACGUCACUUUUAGCAUCACCACCCAGUACCAGGGGACGUGUCGCUGCGAGGGCACCAUCUACCUGUGGAACUGGGAUGACAAAGUCAUCAUCUCUGACAUCGACGGCACCAUCACCAAGUCUGACGUGUUUGGACAAAUUCUUCCUCAGCUCGGGAAAGACUGGACUCAUCAAGGCAUUGCUAAGCUGUACCACUCAGUGCAUGAGAAUGGCUACAAAUUCCUGUACUGUUCGGCGCGGGCAAUCGGCAUGGCGGACAUGACCAGAGGGUACUUGUACUGGGUGAACGACCGGGGAACCAUCCUGCCUCGAGGACCCCUCAUGCUGUCCCCUAGCAGCCUCUUUUCUGCAUUUCACAGGGAGGUGAUUGAAAAGAAGCCAGAGAAGUUCAAGAUUGAAUGCCUAACAGACAUCAAGAACCUCUUCUACCCAAACACACAUCCCUUCUACGCAGCCUUUGGAAACAGAGCAAAUGAUGUGUUUGCCUACAAGCAAGUGGGUGUACCAGUGUGUCGGAUAUUCACAGUCAACCCCAAAGGGGAGCUCAUCCUAGAGCAAUCGAAAGGCAAUAAGACUUCCUACGGCCGACUGAGUGAACUGGUGGAGCACGUUUUCCCUUUACGCAGUAAGGAGCAGAGCGCCACCUUCAGUUUCCCAGAAUUCAGUUCUUUCUGCUUCUGGAGACAGCCAAUCGCUGAGGUCUGCCUUGAGGAGCUGCUCUGAAACAACCAAUCGCUGAUGUGCGUCUUGAGGAGCUGCUCUGAUUUCUGAUUGGACAGUUCCCACAGCUGUGGUAUUAUCAGGUAUUAAGGCGAUAACCAACAGACACUUCGGGUAUGGUCGAUGCACUUUGUGUCUUUUGGACGGGAAAGAAAUCACUUGAAAUCAACUGUAUUUGUUGGAAUCGAUGUAAGCAAUAUUUUGUAUUGCUUAAUAAUUGUAUGGGUCUUCCCAUGAUGAUUGCUUGUACUGCCUUAACUGAUGACUAUACUAUGUGUCUACUGAUGCUGAAUUAUAUUCCAUUGUUUAGUGCUCCACAGGUUUAAUAGCGUUUCGUUGAUAUAUCAGUAAGAACUGCGUCACAUGAUCGAUUUAGGCAUACUUUCCAAUACAGAAUGUACAGCCUUUUUACAGUACAAUGUGAAGAGAAAGAAGACAGGCGUAGUCGUAAGGUUAGUUAUUUGGCUUGAGUGAUAAUACACUCCCUAUGUUGGGGUGUCCCGCUGUUUGGGAAGGCCUUACAUUAUAGUGUAUGCAUGCUAUUCUAAUUUUGAACUAAGGGCUCUCUUCAAGCCGUGUUGCGAAGGUUCAGCGUUACGGCGCGAUUUGAAAUUGAAAGGCAACCUUCCCGCAUUAGCGGAGACGACUGCAUUCACGUUAAACGCCGCAAAUGUCGGCCCAAUUGGAAGUUACCUUUACAUUUAUUUUGCGGAAUCUGUAACGCUUCAGCGAUACAGAUUGAGUCGAUCUCUAAUAUGUUGCGCAGAGCUGCCAGUGGAACUGGCACUAGUCUUAGAUACACGCAUACUGUAUGAUAAUAGAUCGAUUUAAGUGAUCUGAGCAGGCGAUGUUUUAGACAUACAUGCAGAUGGCUGCAGUGAAGUUUAAGGCGAUGGAAGGCCUUUCUAAAGUGUCGAUGCUGCUGACACACAGGGCACACAACACUGGAGCCUUUGGAUGGAGACAGACUAAUAUGCACUGAAAGCACAAUUAUAUGUUUUUUGCAGACGUUUUAUGGGUUAACUUUGACAGUGUUUGUGUUAUGAAAUGAAUGCUUCUUUAUGGGAUAUAUUUCUAUUGUUAUAACUUGGGUUUGUCUAGUCUAUUUAGAAUUAUUAUACCAUUGUAUUUGAUGACGUUCGGAGGUGUUGCAGAGUUCCUCAGUAACAAAGGCAUUCUUUCUAUGAAAGUGAUAUUUUGUGUGGAGAGUACACACAUCUUAACACGCUGGUAUUUGUUGUGUUUUUCAGUAAUUGCUUUGAUAGUUUUCAGUGUAUCUAUUAAGAGAUUAAUUUUACAGUUCACACACUCUCCAAUCUUAAAUGCCUUCACUGUUACUUGAUUAAGUGUUAUUUUUGAGUGUCACUAUAUACAUUGAAGUGUAUGUUUGGGAUAUGAAUGUUUAGCACAAAAAAUAAAAAAGAUAAAAUCUA